AUGGCGACAAGACAGACAGUCAAGAUGCUGCCCCCUCUUAGGUUUACAAUAUAUUUGUUAUUUUUCUUUGCUCCUGGGACAUUUUCCUCCACCCUUCGUCUUCAUCGAGACCAGCGGUUCUUGCUACCGCAGGACACGGGUUUUUCUACGGUGAACGCAAAUGAAGAAUUUAUCCAUGGAAUAGGCACGGAUGCGAAGCGACGAGCUGUACGUAGUGCAAGGGAAGACAGAGCUUCGGGCAUGUAUCAGCAUCGCAAUCGGCGGAGUGCAGUCGAACCACCCGUGCCAAAGGUGUAUGGACAGGUAAUGCAUUACUUCUAUUGAAAGCAGGUAGCUAGCUGGUCUCACGUCACAAUCAGAAGGUUAUCUAUAGUUAGCUACAGUAGCUAGUUAGGUUUAGCAGCUAGCUAGUUUAGUAACGGACCUCAGCAGCCUCUAUGGCUCUCUCAUUUAAUGCACGACCCUUGACGAGGAGAGGUGAAGAGCAAAUAACCAAAGCCAGGCUGUCGAAGUCAGUCUAGCUUAUUGCCAAGUGUGUGACUAUCAGUACCACUGUAGCUAGGUAGCUACUAGACGUUUUAGCACACACUGUUACCUUUCAGCAUACGAUGCCAUGGCGGGCUCUUUCUUCCCAAUGUAAGGCUUGAGCUGCCAUAGAAUGCUCUGGCAUAACCUAUUCAACUACGUCACUGUAUCUAGUAAACAAACCCUCCGUUUUAAUGUCUAACUUACCGACAGACCGACACACAUGUAUUGCACGAAGUCUUUGAAUUAUCUUCUUAACCAAUCCAAUACAUUAUUUUAUUUUUAUCUGACUAGUUUUUCUGAAACCUGGUGAUCAUAGCAUGUCACCACAAUCACACAGUUGUCUGUAAAAUCCAAAUGACAGUAUACAUAGACUUAGCAGUAACACACACCAUCAUAGCUGGGUGACAGACAUCAACAACAACAUAAUUCUAAUUAGCCAAGAGUGCCACUAUAGAGUCUUCCCAAUGUGGACGUGCAUGCCUUACUGGCGGGUGCAAAUAUUGUGAAGAGCCAAUAGUGGCAGUCUUUGCAUAUUAGGUUUUUGUUGUGGUGGAUUUCUGUAAGAUGUUGGGCUGUUGUGUAUGAUGAGGUCACAUUGCUGAGUAUCUCCAUAAUGUGAUUUCUUACAGUGGGGAAAAAAAUUAUUUAGUCAGCCACCAAUUGUGCAAGUUCUCCCACUUAAAAAGAUGAGAGGCCUGUAAUUUUCAUCAUAGGUACACAUCAACUAUGACAGACAAAUAGAGCAUUUUUUUUGCAGAAAAUCACAUUGUAGGAUUUUUAAUGAAUUUAUUUGCAAAUUAUGGUGGAAAAUAAGUAUUUGGUCACCUACAAACAAGCAAGAUUUCUGGCUCUCACAGACCUGUAACUUCUUCUUUAAGAGGCUCCUCUGUCCUCCACUCGUUACCUGUAUUAAUGGCACCUGUUUGAACUUGUUAUCAGUAUAAAAGACACCUGUCCACAACCUCAAACAGUCACACUCCAAACUCCACUAUGGCCAAGACCAAAGAGCUGUCAAAGGACACCAGAAACAAAAUUGUAGACCUGCACCAGGCUGGGAAGACUGAAUCUGCAAUAGGUAAGCAGCUUGGUUUGAAGAAAUCAACUGUGGGAGCAAUUAUUAGGAAAUGGAAGACAUACAAGACCACUGAUAAUCUCCCUCGAUCUGGGGCUCCACGCAAGAUCUCACCCCGUGGGGUCAAAAUGAUCACAAGAACGGUGAGCAAAAAUCCCAGAACCACACGGGGGGACCUAGUGAAUGACCUGCAGAGAGCUGGGACCAAAGUCACAAAGCCUACCAUCAGUAACACACUACGCCGCCAGGGACUCAAAUCCUGCAGUGCCAGACGUGUCCCCCUGCUUAAGCCAGUACAUGUCCAGGCCCGUCUGAAGUUUGCUAGAGUGCAUUUGGAUGAUCCAGAAGAGGAUUGGGAGAAUGUCAUAUGGUCAGAUGAAACCAAAAUAUAACUUUUAGGUAAAAACUCAACUCGUCGUGUUUGGAGGGCAAAGAAUGCUGAGUUGCAUCCAAAGAACACCAUACCUACUGUGAAGCAUGGGGGUGGAAACAUCAUGCUUUGGGGCUGUUUUUCUGCAAAGGGACCAGGACGACUGAUCCGUGUAAAGGAAAGAAUGAAUGAGGCCAUGUAUCGUGAGAUUUUGAGUGAAAACCUCCUUCCAUCAGCAAGGGCAUUGAAGAUGAAACGUGGCUGGGUCUUUCAGCAUGACAAUGAUCCCAAACACACUGCCCGGGCAACGAAGGAGUGGCUUCGUAAGAAGCAUUUCAAGGUCCUGGAGUGGCCUAGCCAGUCUCCAGAUCUCAACCCCAUAGAAAAUCUUUGGAGGGAGUUGAAAGUCCGUGUUGCCCAGCGACAGCCCCAAAACAUCACUGCUCUAGAGGAGAUCUGCAUGGAGGAAUGGGCCAAAAUACCAGCAACAGUGUGUGAAAACCUUGUGUAGACUUACAGAAAACGUUUGACAUACAUUUACAUUUUACAUUUUAGUCAUUUAGCAGACGCUCUUAUCCAGAGCGACUUACAUAUUAUUUUUUUUUUAUACUGGCCCCCUGUGGGAAUCGAACCCACAACCCUGGCGUUGCAAACACCAUGCUCUAUCAACUGAGCUACAUCCCUGCCGGCCAUUCCCUCCCCUACCCUGGACGACGCUGGGCCAAUUGUGCGCCGCCCAUGAGUCUCCCGGUCGCGGCCGGCUGCGACAGAGCCUGGAUUCGAACCAGGAUCUAGUGGCACAGUUUUGCACUGCGAUGCAGUGCCUUAGACCACUGCGCCACUCAGGAGUAUACUCAGUUUGACCUGUGUCAUUGCCAACAAAGGGUAUAUAACAAAGUAUUGAGAAACUUUUGUUAUUGACCAAAUACUUAUUUUCCACCAUAAUUUGCAAAUAAAUUCAUUAAAAAUCCUACAAUGUGAUUUUCUGGAUUUUUUUUUCCUUACACAAUUGGUGGCUGACUAAAUAUUUGCACAAUUGGUGGCUGACUAAAUACUUUUUUCCCCCACUGUAUUUAUCACGGUAGUCUGCCCUUCAGUAUUCUCUGCAUUCCACACAUCCUCAAAUUGGAACAGAAAUGGUUGCUUAUGUGAUCAAUUUUGGAUAUGUUUUUGCCACUUUAGAAUUCCUCUGCUGGUCAGAUGUCAUGUUUUGUUCCGGAGGGUGUUCAUUGAAUCAGAUGUGGAUUUAGGUUAACUGUAGGCCAGAUGAUGUCUUCUUGGAAUGAGAGUAAGCUGUUGUUUAGCCCCCCCCCUUCAGAAAUAUCCCCAAAAAGCACACAGUUUUUCCCCCCACCGAACACAAAAUAAACACAGCCAGUGUCUCCUCACACACCCAUUUCCCUAACUGUCACAGUAGAGGAAAGCCAAUAUCUUGAGGGAUUAAAUAGCUUUGUUCAUUAGAUAUGGCACUCAUGGGGAUUCAGCCUAGAAGUUUCUAAAGGUGCUGCAGCGAAAAUGUAUAACAUUCACAAAAAGGUACAUACUUUGUUUAUAAAUAAGUAAGGUAGGCUUUUUGUAGCAACUUUAGGGCUGUUAUUUGGGCAUUUAAGUUCAAGUUAGCUGAGCUACAUAGAUCAAGAUAUGGAUAUAAUUCUCACUUUAAAUUGAAUUGUUGUACAAAUCUGUAUCAGAUGUUGUCAGUGUGUGUGAAAUGUGGAUACAAUUAAUCAUAGUUCCUUAGUUUAAGAACUAAGAAUGUGGGUUUAGAGUUCCAGGUAAUUGACCAAAAAUAUAGCCUUCAUUCCUGAUAAUGAGCUCAAAGAAUUAGGAAAUGAAAUAGAAAAACUCUUGAGACAUGACUUCCAGUAAAAACCCAUAGUCAUGCGGUGGAGGCAGUCACGGAGGGGGCUGUAUUGUGAAAUUCAACAAGCGGGGAGUGUGACUGAAACCUGUCUUGAGAAUCUGCCAGUCGAUAUUCUCACUCAAAACAAACUAGAGAGCCAAGCCUAGUCUAGCGCCUAAGUCCUGUUCAGCAGAGACAGAACGUCUUGAAACAGAGUGAAACGCAGAGGUCAUACCUGAACUUGUCCAAUAGUGGUUUUGUGUUGCUUUGCAAAUUGUUUUGCUGCAGGAUCUGGUUCCCUGCCACAUGACACAUAGUAAACAGAUCAAACAGGGUUUGUGCAUUAGACCACAAUACAAGUGUCAUGUGCCAUGGUGAUGUUUGGUCUGGCUUGGGGAAUGCUUGGCUGUACUAAUUUUCCUCAUUAGUGUUCAUAGUGGUCACAGUGGUCAUCAUGUCACACGCAAGGAGCCUAGAUGAAUCCAUUGACUACACUUGUCUGGUGCCUGGACUUGUUCUGAUGCAUGUCGUCUAGCCUAGUUCUAUGAGCCUGUGUGAGCGAGAAGGAUACGUAUGUUUACAGUUUUGUGUUGAGUUUCAAGAGAUUAGGCCUAAUCUAAGACAACUCAUACUGUUUGCUAACUGCAGAGAAGCGAGUGCCAGGGAAAAAUAGGUGCUAUGGUAAUCAAUCAGAAUCCUGAUAAUCUUUGAUCAUCAUGAAGAAAUCAUGGUUGAAUAUCUGCAGUUUUAUUGGACAGCUUGUUGCUGUCUCAUUCUUUAUUUUGGCCUAUCGGUGUGUGUGAGACAGUGAGCGAGAGAACAAGCAUUCGCAAGCUACACCAGCUUGGUCCCCUUCAAACUUUUAAUUGGUUUCUUUUGUGUUUGUAUAUAAUUUACUACAGUCUGUCACAGUCUAUGACAUAUCCUUUCAGGACUACAACCACAGACUAGUCUUUGACCCUUCAAACACUCACUUACUGUUAGGAAUCGGAGUAAAUUUACUGCAAGUUGCAGUAAAGAAGGCGAACAAUGCAGAUGUGGAAAAGGUAUGUCCAAAAGGGCAUUUUCACUGCUCUGGUGUGUGUGUUUGUGAGCUGCAUUUCAGCUGACUAGUCUAUCAAGGCCAGAUGAAGGACGUACUAAAUCACCUGGAGCUGAAUGAAUGUGUUUGUGCAGCACCAACUUAACCUCCCGAGGAACGAACACACACACACAGAGCUAUGUCUUACUAUACUUGUGAAGCCUUUUUGGGACCGCCAAAAUGUCCUCACAAUUUUAGUUGGUUUACUAUUCUUGUGAGGACUUCUGGUACUCACAAGUAUAGUAAAAUGUAUACACACACACACACAAAGCUCACCUCAAGCCUCACUUCACGGUUGUUUCUCACAUUUUACCCCAAAAGAAUGUGCCAGGCACUCACUAAUGUUUUGCUGGCUGGCUACUCUUCAGCUGGCAACAGCAUUGAGACAUUCAGCAUGAUCUGCCAUGUUAACCCACUUAUCAUUCAGCCUUGUGAAGAAGGACUCUAGUCUCUGUCAAGGAGGCUACUUCAGAGAUUCCACAGAGCAGAGCAUCCCUUUACAUAACAUAGCCUAGCACAGACUACACUAUGGGGAGAUAAACAACUAGCCUAUAACACACUGAUAUCAGGGCCUGUCGCAGCUAGUUGGCCGUCAUUCAGUGUAUAUAAAAACAUUUGCUAAUGUGUGGCAUGACUGUCACAGAGCACAGUGGUGCGAUUGUUCUGCAUCCAGCAAAAAAUACACACUUGAAAAUUGCAAAUGUAACGUUUGCACUGAAUGCGAGUUCUGCAGCAGGCAGAUGAUGUCAUCGUCGGUUCAGCUCCGCUCCAACGGUGACACUCUUUCAGCAGUGGUUCAUUCUGCUCUCUUGAAUAAUGAAGGAGACCAUGAUGGGAGAGAUGUAAAUACUCACCCUAUUUCACUGGGGGUUUUCUUUGCUUGUUGUUGUUUAGGAAACAGAUUGACGUAGUAGCACCAAGGUCGUGUUUAGUAGGGCACAAAACCAUUUUUGGGAACCAGAAAAGCGUCUCCUGGAUUACAUGUUUGCCAAUGAAAAAUAAUUUUCAGGAGAGUCCAGAUUGAUGUGACUGAAUGCCUAGUCGAUAUUGUGCUUUUAAGUUUGGACUGAUGGAAUCAGCAUUGACCAGUCUCCUUCAGACACUCGGCCUUGGCUUUUGUAAGGCAUGAUUUGCGUACUUCCUUUUCCAUUCCGAUGGAGUUUUGCAACUAUUAAUCUAGCUUCGUCCAGAUAGUGCAAAAGGAGCAUGAGCCGUGAGCUACGGACAGAUACAUUUACUGUUCCUCUCUGGUGAGUGUCAAGGUUUGGCAGAGUAAAAAAAAAAGAGAGAAGUCUGCGUUCUUCCUGACUUGGUGUUGAAUAAUUUGGGGCUUGUCAGAUGCUACCAGAGCUUACGUCAAUGCACUAGUGCAAAGGAAUCUGUAGUGUUAGAAUCCCUGGCACUUGCAUAGUGAAGACUGCUGGUUGCCUUUGUGUGACCACCCGUCCUAAUACCCCAGUGACCAACAUGCUUCCUAAGAGACCGAUGUACUGGGUCACUUCUUUCUCAGCCACUUUCUAUCCUCUAACUAUCAUACUAGCAAACUCAACAUCUGGAAUCUUGACUAUCUAUGCUAAAAACCAUUUGGCAGAGCUAAACCGGACUCUUUAUUGCUAUUAUCAAAGUUAGGCACAUUUUCGGGCCCAACAUUUACUUGAAGGCCUCAAUGGCAGCAGUACUAUCACAGAGUUUCUUAACCUAGAGGUGCAACAUCGCAAGACUUCCGGGAACGAAAACGACUUUAUAUCGAAGGAGUGCCUUUGAUUUGACGGCCUGCACAUGCGCAGUUAUGCGCGAGACGACCGUUAGACCCAAUGAAGUGUUUCUACGCAUGAGCUAAGUGUGAUCAGGGAUUUCUAUUGGAGAAGCAGUUUUAGCCUAUCUUCAUGCUGUACUGUCUUUGGUAAUAACGUCAAUCACUUGCAAGACCACAAGCAAUAGGAGAUGUCAUUGUGCUCAAGGUAGCCCAAAAUAUCUAGACACAAUGAUUAGACCUAUUAUUCAUUUUAUCACAAAUCUAAAAAGAAUGCAGUUACAGUCCCAUCUACUCUAAAAGCUGUUUUAUGAGAUAUAGCUAAUGGUAGCCAGACCUUUUGGGACCCAACGGACAACAGUGAGCUUGUGAGGCCCUAACCCCAAGCAUAGUACAAUGCUUCAUGUAACUGGAGACGGUUUGAGUGAUGCUCAUGCCAUUAACUGAUGUUAAUGGCCAAUUUUUGUUAUCGUGCUCAGUAGAUUGUGUCUCAUGCUGCCAUUUGCAGCAAUUUGCCAGUGCCAUCACUCUCCUGAUUCAGCUGUGUCAGAAGGACCACACCGGCACCCCUUAACAUGCUCUGCGGGCAAUGAGGCUUAAAAGGCUCUGAGAUUUACUGCAGUGUCAUCUCAGCCUUGAAUACAGCCUUGCCUUUUACUCAGCUGACCUCCUGGGACAUGUUCAGUAGGGCCCACCAUAGCGAAAUGUUUUAAAACCUUCUGAAUGAGCGUUUCGUAUUAGACAAGUCCAGUUAGAAGUGUUCUACAAUUUUUCUCAGGCUAUGAGAAUGUUAUUACAUGGAAUGAUCUACCUUAUUACAAUGUUCAUGCUGAAAUCAUGCUAAUAUACACAACAAACUCUUGUAAGCUAUUUUGUAGCAAUUUGCAGCAGAAAUCAUAUUCCAUUACUAAGUCUACAAGCCAUAGUACCAAUAGUUGGUGUAAAGUUACCACUGAAAGAAGAUGAACGUCUGUUUAUCAUUUAUACAGAAAUUACGGUCUUUUCAAAGUCCAAGUCGGUAGAAAUACUGUAGUAAAUGGAGAAAACUAAGCUUUUUAAAGACCCACAGCCCCCUGCAGAAUGAUACAUUAAGAAUGAGAGAGAGGAGCACUCAGAUGAGAGGCAACAGCAGUGGGAAUUAAAAUGACAUACUUUUUGGGGAUUCACACUUCACAGAUCUUAUUGUCAGAGCUGCACCAAUGGAGCAUUAGCGUUUGUUUGAGCGGUGCCUUCUGCUGUUACACUACUACAUCUACCACAAGCACUUAGUAGCAGCAUUGUGUUGUUUCAAUGGACACAGUGAAGGCCUCUGAAAGUGGGCGAUGUGAGCUAAAGCUGGUCACUGUUUGUUGUCACACACACACACACACACCGAGAGGGAGAGGAGCCUUUAGCCAGGUGCUCCUCGCAAGGUCGUAACAAUAAGACCACAAAGUCCGUCGCCGUAGUAACGUGCAUCAGUGAGCUUAACUGGAUAAAAGAAUGAAUAAAGAAAUGCCAGACACAGCCAGGCAAGGUACAGCAACCUUUCACAGAGGGAUUUCUACCAGCUAAGCAGAUGCCGCGAACCCAGCAAAAUCAUUACAAUGUCUAGCUGAUAAUAGCAUUUCAUAACUAAUUUGAUAGGUUCCAAGGACGUUUAUCGGAGAUAAAAGCGACUGUAAUUUAUCAGAUGUAUGCAUAAUUCACUGGACUCGUGUUGAGCUGCAUUUUGAUCAAACAGAACAAGAAUACAACAGGUCAGUUGAGAGACUGUUCUUUUCUUUGCAGGCCAACCUGAACGAUUCCCAUAACCAGAUGGUGGUGCACUGGGCCGGGGAGAAGAGCAAUGUCAUUGUGGCGUUGGCCAGAGACAGUGUCGGAGCCACAGGUCCCAAGACUAGCUCGGUGAGUACACAGUAGUACAUUUCCUGUGAGUACAGGAGUACACUUCCUGCGAGUACAGUAGUACACAUCCUGUAAGUACAGUAGUACACUUCCUCUGUGUACCGGAAUACACUUCCUCUGUGCACCGGAAUACACUUCCUCUGUGUACCGGAAUACAUUUCCUCUGCGCACCAGAAUACACUUCCUCUGUGUACCGUAAUACACUUCCUCUGUGUACCGUAAUACACUUCCUCUGUGUACCGGAAUACACUUCCUCUGUGUACCAGAAUACACUUCCUGUGACUACAGUAGUACACUUCCUGCGAGUACAAUAGCCUACAUUUCCUGUAAGUACAUUAACACACCUUGUGUGUGGGAGGGGGAUCCACAGUCGCAUGAAAAAGAACAUAUCCAUGAACCUAUCCACAACUACAUAGCCUAACGCCUGCGUGUUGCUUUACAGCCAUGCUGUUUUUAGCCACUUUGAAUCUUCUCCUUCCCUCUCAAUUCACGUUGCCCUCUUUUCAGAUAACACCCAUUUGAUUCUGCUCUCCUGACUGUUUUACUUUGGACUGUACAUUUCAGCUGUCUUUUUCCCCUUCAAAUUUAGACUCCUUUGUUCGAGGUACCAUGGCAGAAAUGAUAAUACUGGGUUAACCACAGUUUGGUUGUGUAAUGUUGUCUUUGUGUAUCCGUGUGUGUGUGCGUGCGUGCACGCAUGCAUGUGUGUGUGUGUGCGUGUGCAUGGGCGCCCAUUGGUCAGUGACAGUGACAGGCCACAUGUUGUCAGUGCUGCGAGGCCCAGACCUGUUCCACUGUGCUAAUGAGAUGGCGCAAUGGCCUCGCCUGCCUGCCUGCCAGCCAGCUGUGUGCUUCCUCUCCACUCACAGAUCAGAUUCACUGAGCCAUGGAUUAAUCCCUCCAUCUGUUACAUCUCUCUCUCUCUACUCUCUCUGCUUUUGAUUAUAUCAGCUCCCUAUCCUGUCUGAUACUCACGCUCAGCUUACAGUAACCCACGCUACCCCCACUGCUUUUGUUCACACUGUAAGAAGGACCUCCCGUGCUCCUCAAGGGGUUAACUUAAGAUGUGAUGCCAUUUGAAAAACAAGUGGUUUAUACUAAACCGCAGAGAUCCCACUGGUGAAGGACAGUUUGUUUGUACAACAAUUGUUAGUUUUGUGUCUCUCCACAACUUCCAGCCAGCGUUGUGGGUUCAGUGGGCUUUGUGUGCUGUUCUCUGUGGUCUGAGCUCCUUGGUGUCUGGCACUCUGACGGGAAUCUGAGAGCUUUGACCUGACUCAUGUAUUGUCUCUGGUAGAAUCUGCAGGACAGGAGGGAUCAGAACAGAACAGCAUUGAACACUAAACACCUCUUAACAUUCUGGAUUGGAGUUCUCUCUUAAAGGAGCUACAGUUCCACUCUGUAGUCACUUAACAUGGACAAAGCUUUUCCCCAAGUAUUGUGUUUCUCUCCGUAGAUGGAAAGUCCGUAGAUGGAAAGUCUAAAGUCUAGCUACUGCCUAAAAUGCUUUGAUUCCUUUUACCGAGUCAGUUAAUGGCCUCCCUCCCAAUACACCCAUUCUAAAGUAAUUUUUUCCUCUACUAGAAAUGUGUCCUUCAUCAAAAAGCAUUUAAAAAAUCAAACUUGACAUAGCCUAAUUUUGUCCUGUCCAAAAAGCAUCACAACAAAAAUUACAUUGAUUGUGGAUUUCACUUGUUUACCAUGUACCAUCACUUCCAUGUUCUCACCUCUUUCCUCUCUCCUUUGUCACAUGGUAGGUGUACGUGUCUUACGACUAUGGAACCAGCUUCUCCCCCAUCUCAGAGAGGUUUCAGCUGAGUGGGGAGAAGGAGAAAGAGGGGAGCAAGCAGGUCAUCUCCCAGUUCUACCACAGCCACGCUGACAAUAAGAGGGUAAGUGGCUGAAGACCAUAGAGGUACGUACACUGAGUGUACAAAGCAUUAGGAACACAUUCCUAAUAUUGAGUUGCAUCCUCUUUUGCCCUCAGAACAGCCUGAAUUUGUCUGGGGAUGGACUCUACAAGGUGUUGAAAGCAUUCCACAGGGAUGCUGGCCCGUGUUGUCUCCAAAAACCCAGCAGCGUUGCAGUUUUUGACUCACUCAAACCGGUGCGCCUGGCACCUACUACCAUACCCUGUUUAAAGGCCCUUAAAUAUUUAGUCUUGAACAUUCACCCUCUGAAUGGCACACAUACAAUCCAUGUCUCAAUUGUCUCAAGGCCUAAAAAUCCAUCUUUAACCUGUCCUCCCCUUCAUCUACACUGAUGGAAGUGGAUUUAACAGGUGACAUCAAUAAGGGAUCUUAGCUUUCACCUGGAUUCACCUGGUCAGUCUAUGUCAUGGAAAGGGCAGGUGUUCCUAAUGUUUUGUACACUCAUUGUACAGGAUGAUAAUAAUACAUACUGUAUUUAGGCCUAUCUCUAUAUUGAAGACUGCCCUGAUACAGAGGGGUUUUAUUAUGUUUUGAAAGUGUAUAGCUUUGAGUGUAUAGCUCUUUUUCGUAUGUUCUCCCAUCUCCACACAACCCCCGUGUAGCUCAGUUGGUAUAGCAUGGCGCUUGCAUCGCCAGGGUUGUGGGUUCGAUUCCCACGGGGGCCAGUAUGAAGAGAAAGAAAAUGUAUGCACUCACUAACUGUAAGUCGCUCUGGAUAAGAGCGUCUGCUAAAUGACUAAAAUGUAAAAUGGAAGGCACAUAACGUUAUUGAGCUUGGGGUUUAUAAGGGUUGAUUUAGGUGUAUAGUGUCUGUGGGUGUGUGUGUGUGUGUGUGUGUGUAGUGAUCAGUCAUGAGCUCAAGAUUGUUCGAUGCAGUGCCGUGAGGUUUGGUGCGGUGCCGUGUUCGAUUAUGUCUCACUGUGUGCCGGUGAGUCAUAGUCCUGGCCCCGCCCCCCAGCCGUUCCCCCUGGCACUCAGCCCAGUGGAGGUUAUUGCCAGGUGUAAGGGUGCAUGGGAAACGCAGUUUGUUCCGUUAGCAGGCAGGAGGGCACGCACGCACGCUGCUGUGAGCCCUGCAGCAGCGUGCGUCUCUGCAGAGGCUGCAGGCUGGGGCCAUCCGUCUGCAGACAGGUGUGCUCCAGAGAGAGAGGCAGGGCUGCCUGGUAUAACCGCAGAUAACAGCAGGAGGAUUUCACCCUCUUAGUCUGCAACAUUCUCCCAACAUCAUGGAGAUUAUUACGAUGGGAAAUUAGUGGUUUCUUCUCAUCUGCACACUGAGCUGUGAGUUUUCUAGGAUCAGUUCCUCUCUGUCCAUAAUAAUCGGAUUCAUUAUGAUUUAAAAGACAAAACUGAUCCUAAAUCUCCUUCACAAGACGCUUGAUAAAUAUGGGCCCAGAGCAGCAGGUCUAGCCUCCCCUUGUAGAAGCAUUUGAAGCAUAUGAUGAAGUGUCUGAGAGAUAAAUUGCAGUGAUCACUUUAGGUAAUGAUUUAUGAAUUAAGGGGGAUCAGAGAUAAUGAAUGGUUAGCCCAUAGCAUAACCCACUGACUAACCUUACAUUUAGGGCCUACAGUGCAUUUGGAAAGUAUUCAGACCCCUCAACUUUUUCCACAUUUUGUUACGUUACAGCCUUAUUCUAAAAUUGAUUUUUCCUCAUCAAUUUACACACAAUACCCCAUAAUAGCAAAGCAAAAACAGGUUUUUAGAAAUGUUUGCUAAUUAAUUUUUUCAAAAUCAAAACAAUAUCACAGUUACAUAAGUAUUCAGGCCCUUUACUUAGUACUUUGUUGAAGCACCUUUGGCAGCGAUUACAGCAUCGAGUCUUCUUGGGUAUGACGUUACAAGUUUGGCACACCUGUAUUUGGGGAGUUUCUCCUAUUCUUCUCUGCAGAUCCUCUCAAGCUCUGUCAGAUUGGAUGGGGAGCGUUGCUGCACAGCUAUUUUCAAGUCCGGGCUCAGGCUGGGCCACUCAAGGACAUUCAGAGACUUGUCCCGAAGCCACUCCUGCGUUGUCUUGCUUGUGUGCUUAGGGUCAUUGUCCUGUUGAAAGGUGAACCUUCGCCCCCAGUCUGAGGUCCUGAGCACUCUGGAGCAGGUUUUCAUCAAGGAUCUCUCUGUACUUUGCUCCAUUAAUCUUUUUCUCGAUCCUGACUAGUCUCCCAGUCCCUGCCGCAGAAAAACUGAGGAGUGGCUUCCGUCUGGCCACUCUACCAUAAAGGCCUGAUUGGUGGAGUGCUGCAGAGAUGGUUGUCCUUCUGGAAGGUUCUCCCAUCUCCACAGAGGAACUCUGGAGCUCUGUCAGAGUGACCAUCGGGUUCUUGGUCACCUCCCUGACCAAGGCCCUUCUCCCCCUAUAGCUCAGUUUGGCCGGGCGGCCAGCUCUAGGAAGAGUCUUGGUGGUUCCAAACUACUUCCAUUUAAGAAUGAUAGAGGCCACUGUGUUCUUGGGGACCUUGAAUGCUGCAGAAAUGUUUUGGUAGCCUUCCCAGAUCUGUGCCUCGACACAAUCCUGUCUUGGAGCUCUACGGACAAUUCCUUUGACCUCAUGGCUUGGUUUUUGCUCUGACAUGCACUGUCAACUGUGGGACCUUAUAUAGACAGGUGUGUGCCUUUCCAAAUCAUGUCCAAUCAAUGGAAUUUACCACAGGUGGACUCCAAUCAAGUUGUAGAAAAAUCUCAAGGAUGAUCAAUGGAAACAGGAUGCACUUGAGCUCAAUUUCGAGUCUCAUAGCAAAGGGUCUGAAUACUUAUUUAAAUAAGGUAUUUCUGUUUAUAAUUUUUUGAAUACAUUUGCAUAAAUGUCUAAAAAUCUGUUUUUUCUUUGUCAUUAUGGGGUAUUGUGUGUAGAUUGCUGAAGAUUAUUAUUUUUUAAAUCCAUUUUAGAAUAAGGCUGUAACGUAACAAAUUGUGGAAAAAGUCAAGGGGUCUGAGUACUUUCUGAAGGCACUGUAUGCUUAUACUCCAAGUCCUUUGUACUUGGGUCUGACUGGUUAUGGAUCUGCCUAUUUAUAACAUCUUCUUAAAAGAAAGAUUCACCCAUUUUUAAUGUUAUAUAAUAGUUGUGCAUCUCCGAGCGAUGUUCUAUCUAUUCCCAGUGUAAUUGAAUGUUUUCAAGUAUUCAGACCCCUGAGUCAAUACAUGUUAGAAUCACCUUUGGCAGCGAUUACAGCUUUGAGUCUUUUGGGGUAAGUCUCUUAAGAGCUUUGCACACCUGGAUUGUUCAAUAUUUGCACAUUAUUCUUUUAAAAAUUCUUCAAGCUCUGUCAAGUUGGUUGUUGAUCAUUGCUAGACAGCCAUUUUCAAGUCUAGCCAUAUAUUUUCAAGCCAAUUUAAGUCAAAACCGUAACACGGGAACAUUCAAUGUCGUCUUGGUAAGCAACUCCAGUGUAUAUUUGGCCUUUUGUUUCAAUCUACCAAUAGGUGCCCUACUUUGGGAGGCAUUGGAAAACCUCGCUGGUCUUUUUGUUUGAAUCUGAGUUUGAAAUUCACUGCUCGUCUGAGUGACCUUACAAUUAUCUGUAUGUGUGGGAUACAGAGAUGAGGUAGUCAGUCAAAAAUCAUGUUAUUGCACACAGAGUGUGUCCAUGCAACUUAUUAUGACUUGGUAAGCACAUUUUUACUCCUGAACUUUUUUAGGCUUGCAAUAACAAAGGAUUGAAUACUUAUAUAUACAGUGGGGAAAAAAAGUAUUUAGUCAGCCACCAAUUGUGCAAGUUCUCCCACUUAAAAAGAUGAGAGAGGCCUGUAAUUUUCAUCAUAGGUACAUGUCAACUAUGACAGACAAAUUGAGAAAAAAAAUCCAGAAAAUCACAUUGUAGGAUUUUUUAUGAAUUUAUUUGCAAAUUAUGGUGGAAAAUUAGUAUUUGGUCACCUACAAACAAGUAAGAUUUCUGGCUCUCACAGACCUGUAACUUCUUCUUUAAGAGGCUCCUCUGUCCUCCACUCGUUACCUGUAUUAAUGGCACCUGUUUGAACUUGUUAUCAGUAUAAAAGACACCUGUCCACAACCUCAAACAGUCACACUCCAAACUCCACUAUGGCCAAGACCAAAGAGCUGUCAAAGGACACCAGAAACAAAAUUGUAGACCUGCACCAGGCUGGGAAGACUGAAUCUGCAAUAGGUAAGCAGCUUGGUUUGAAGAAAUCAACUGUGGGAGCAAUUAUUAGGAAAUGGAAGACAUACAAGACCACUGAUAAUCUCCCUCGAUCUGGGGCUCCACGCAAGAUCUCACCCCGUGGGGUCAAAAUGAUCACAAGAACGGUGAGCAAAAAUCCCAGAACCACACGGGGGGACCUAGUGAAUGACCUGCAGAGAGCUGGGACCAAAGUAACAAAGCCUACCAUCAGUAACACACUACGCCGCCUGCAGUGCCAGACGUGUCCCCCUGCUUAAGCCAGUACAUGUCCAGGCCCGUCUGAAGUUUGCUAGAGUGCAUUUGGAUGAUCCAGAAGAGGAUUGGGAGAAUGUCAUAUGGUCAGAUGAAACCAAAAUAAAACUUUUUGGUAAAAACUCAACUCGUCGUGUUUGGAGGACAAAGAAUGCUGAGUUGCAUCCAAAGAACAUCAUACCUACUGUGAAGCAUGGGGGUGGAAACAUCAUGCUUUGGGGCUGUUUUUCUGCAAAGGGACCAGGACGACUGAUCCGUGUAAAGGAAAGAAUGAAUGGGGCCAUGUAUCGUGAGAUUUUGAGUGAAAACCUCCUUCCAUCAGCAAGGGCAUUGAAGAUGAAACGUGGCUGGGUCUUUCAGCAUGACAAUGAUCCCAAACACACCGCCCGGGCAACGAAGGAGUGGCUUCGUAAGAAGCAUUUCAAGGUCCUGGAGUGGCCUAGCCAGUCUCCAGAUCUCAACCCCAUAGAAAAUCUUUGGAGGGAGUUGAAAGUCAGUGUUGCCCAGCGACAGCCCCAAAACAUCACUGCUCUAGAGGAGAUCUGCAUGGAGGAAUGGGCCAAAAUACCAGCAACAGUGUGUGAAAACCUUGUGAAGACUUACAGAAAACGUUUGACCUGUGUCAUUGCCAACAAAGGGUAUAUAACAAAGUAUUGAGAAACUUUUGUUAUUGACCAAAUACUUAUUUUCCACAAUAAUUUGCAAAUAAAUUCAUUAAAAAUCCUACAAUGUGAUUGUCUGGAUUUUUUUCCCUCAUUUUGUCUGUCAUAGUUGACGUGUACCUAUGAUGAAAAUUACAGGCCUCUCUCAUCUUUUUAAGUGGGAGAACUUGCACAAUUGGUGGCUGACUAAAUACUUUUUUCCCCCACUGUAUACUACCAGUCAAAAGUUUGGACAAAGUUUGUUUUUUCAGGUUUUUUCAUUCUGGAAUAAUAGUGAAGACAUCAGAACUAUGAUAUUUACAUUUGACAUUUUAGUCAUUUAGCAGACGCUCUUAUCCAGAGCAGUUAGUGAGUGCAUACAUUUAUUUUUUAUUUUUCAUACUGGCCCCCCGUGGGAAUCGAACCCAUAACCUUGCCGUUGCAAACGCCAUGCUCUACCAACUGAGCUACAUCCCUUCCGGCCAUUCCCUCCCCUACCCUGGACGACACUGGGCCAAUUGUGCGCUGCCCCAUGGGUCUCCUGGUCGCGGCCGGCUACGACAGAGCCUGGAUUUGAACCAGGAUCUCUAGUGGCACAGCUAGCACUGCGAUGCAGUGCCUUAGACCACUGCGCCACUCCAUAUGAUAUAACACAUAUGGAAUCAUGUAAUACCCUAAAAAGUGUUGAACUAAUCAAAAUAUAGUUUAUAUUUGAGAUUCUUCAAAUAGCCACCCUUUUCCUUGAUGACAGCUUUGCACACUCUUGGCAUUCUCUCAACCAGCUUCAUGAGGUAGUCACAUGGAAUGCAUUUCAAUUAACAGGUGUGCCUUGUCAAAAGUUAAUUUGUGGAAUGUCUUUCCUUAAUGCAUUUGAGCCAAUCAGUUGUGACAAGGUAGGGGGGGUAUACAUAAGAUAGCCCUAUUUGGUAUAAGACCAAGUCCAUAUUAUGGCAAGAACAGCUCAAAUAAGCAAAGAGAAACGACAGUCCAUCAUUACUUUAAGACAUGAAGGUCAUUCAAUACGGAACAUUUCAAGAACUUUGAAAGUUUAUUCAAGUGCAGUCGCAUAAACCAUCAAGCGCUAUGAUGAAACUGGCUCUCAUGAGGACCGCCACAGGAAUGGAAGACCCAGAGUUACCUCUCAAGUUCAUUAGAUUUAUCAGCCUCAGAAAUUGCAGCCCAAAUAAAUGCUUCACAGAGUUCAAGUAACAGACACAUCUCAACAUCAACUGUUCAGAGGGGACUGUGUGAAUCAGGCCUUCAUGGUUGAAUUGCUGCUAAGAAACCACUACUAAAGGACACCAAUAAGAAGAAGAAGAGACCUGAUUGGGCCAAGAAACACGAGCAAUGGACAUUAGACCGGUGGAAAUUUGUCCUUUGGUCUGUAGUCCAAAUUGGAGAUUUUUGGUUCCAACCUCCGUGUCUUUGUGAGACGCGGUGUGGGUGAACGGAUGAUCUCUGCAUGUGUGGUUCCCACCGUAAAGAAUGGAGGAGGAGGUGUUAUGGUGUGGGGGUGCUUUGCUGGUGACACUGUCUGUGAUUUAUUUAGAAUUCAAGGCACACUUAACCAGCAUGGCUACCACCGCAUGCUGCAGUGAUAUGCCAUCCCAUCUGGUUUGGGCUUAGUGGGACUAUCAUUUGUUUUUCAACAGGACAAUGACCCAACACACCUCCAGGUUGUGUAAGGGCUAUUUUACCAAGAAGCAGAGUGAUGGAGUGCUGCAUCAGAUGAUCUGGCCUCCACAAUACCCUAAGUUUAACCCAAUUGACAUGGUUUGGGAUGAGUCGGACGGCAGAGUGAAGGAAAAGCAGCCAACAAGUGCUCAGCAUAUGUGGGAACUCCUUCAAGUCUGUUGGAAAAGCAUUCCAGGUGAAGCUGGUUGAGAGAAUGCCAAGAGUGUGCAAAGCUGUCAUCAAGGCAAAGGGUGGCUAUUUGAAGAAUCUCAAAUAUAAAAUAUAUUUUGAUUUGUGUAACACUUUUUUGGUUACUACAUGAUUCCAUAUGUAUUAUUUCAUAGUUUUGAUGUCUUUUCUAUUAUUCUACAAUGUAGAAAAUAGUAAAAAUAAAGAAAAACCCUUGAAUGAGUAGGUGUGUCCAAACUUUUGACUGGUACUGUGUGUGUGUGUGUGUGUAUAUAUAUAUGUGUGUGUGUGUAUAGAUGUUUUAUUAAUUUGUAAAAAAUGUAAAUCAACUUUGACAUUUAUGCUCUAUUGUGUGUAGGCCAGUGACACAACAUCUCAAUUUAAUGAAUUUGAAAUUCAGGCUGUAACACAACAAAAUGUGGAAAAAGUCAAGAGGUGUGAUCUCUAGUGGUCCUCUGUAGCUCAAUUGGUAGAGCAUGGCGCUUGUAACGCCAGGGUAGUGCGUUCGAUCCCCGGGACCACCCAUACAUAAAAAUGUAUGCGCACAUGACUGUAAGUCGCUUUGGAUAAAAGCGUCUGCUAAAUGGCAUAUUAUUUUAUUUAUUUAUUUAUCUCCCGUGAUCUCCCGAGUGGUGCAGUGGUCUAAGGCACUGGCAGUGCUAGCUGUGCCACUAGAUAUCCUGGUUCGAAUCCAGGCUCUGUCGUAGCCGGCCGCGACCGGGAGACCCAUGGUGCGGCGCACAAUUGGCCCAGCAUCGUCCAGGGUAGGGGAGUGAAUGGUCGGCAGGGAUGUAGCUCAGUUGGUAGAGCAUGGCGUUUGCCAUGCCAGGGUUGUGGGUUUGAUUCACAGGGGGUAUGAAAAAAAAAAUACAAAGAAUAAUGUAUGCACUCACUAACUGUAAGUCGCUCUGGAUAAGAGCGUCUGCUAAAUGACUAAAAUGUAAAUGUGUGAAUACUUCCUGAAGGCACUUUAUAUCGUGAUGUAAUAGUGGAGUAAGUCCCUGAAGUUUCUCACUGUGAUGUGCUGUACAUGUGGGACCUGCUAUGUCCUAGUCCUGACUCAUCUACAGUAUGAGAGAUGUGCUGUACAUGUGGGACCUGCUAUGUCCUAGUCCUGACUCAUCUACAGUAUGAGAGAUGUGCUGUACAUGUGGGACCUGCUAUGUCCUAGUCCUGACUCAUCUACAGUAUGAGAGAUGUGCUGUACAUGUGGGACCUGCUAUGUCCUAGUCCUGACUCAUCUACAGUAUGAGAGAUGUGCUGUACAUGUGGGACCUGCUAUGUCCUAGUCCUGACUCAUCUACAGUAUGAGAGAUGUGCUGUACAUGUGGGACCUGCUAUGUCCUAGUCCUGACUCAUCUACAGUAUGAGAGAUGUGCUGUACAUGUGGGACCUGCUAUGUCCUAGUCCUGACUCAUCUACUGUAUGAGAGAUGUGCUGUACAUGUGGGACCUGCUAUGUCCUAGUCCUGACUCAUCUACUGUAUGAGAGAUGUGCUGUACAUGUGGGACCUGCUAUGUCCUAGUCCUGACUCAUCUACUGUAUGAGAGAUGUGCUGUACAUGUGGGACCUGCUAUGUCCUAGUCCUGACUCAUCUACUGUAUGAGAGAUGUGCUGUACAUGUGGGACCUGCUAUGUCCUAGUCCUGACUCAUCUACAGUAUGAGAUACCAUUUCAGCUUUUGAUCGUCAUCUCAUUGCAUCUAUCUAUUUCACUACCUCCAGCUCGCUGCCUUGCGCUACAGAGCUUUUGUUCUCACAGGGGCUCUGUCCCGUUUCCAAAUGGAGGCCGUUGAGAAUAGAGGAGUUAUUGGGAAGGCAGUUAAAAAAUAGAUCAAAGGAAGGAGCGACAAGAUGGGAUUAUAGCUCUGUAUAAUUGCAUAAUCAGACUAUCUAAUUAGGCAUUUCAAAUUAAAUAUCUCUGAAUAUGUCUGUGAUUUUUUUGGGGGGGAGUGGGGGUGUUUGGAAACGGUAUUUUGAAGUAGCUAGACUAGAGAUAUCUGGAGUUGAGAUAUUAGGCAAGUUCUUACUAUUCUAGUUUGUUGAAAUCAGUCAGGCUUGACAUUUUACCACGUCAGAGGUUUGUUCAGUUCAGAAAGUUGCAGGUACAAAUAGAAAUGUUAUGUAUAGAGCAAGAAUGAUUCCCUGUUCUACACAAUAUAUUUCUAGCUUCACAUUCCGUAACACUCAUGAACAGACCCCAGUGGGUAUUUAGCCUAACCUUGGCCUGUCUUGUCCAUCUCUUGUUCCAGUACCUCUUUGCAGACAGCACCAACAGCUACCUCUGGAACUCCUUUGACUUCUGCAAGACCAUCCAGGGGUUCUCCAUCCCCUUCAAGCCCACAGAUCUGCUGCUGCACAGCAAGAAAGCCAACCUGGUCCUGGGCUAUGAUGGCUCCCACCCCAACAAACAGGUACUCAACUGACUGCUAUAGAAAUGCUGCUUCACUGUCUUGAAAAAGGUCUCGGACAGAAACGUAGACCAUUUAACAACAUGCAGAGGUAAGCAUGGUUAGAAAUGUUUUACCAGGAAGUCCCUUUAGAUCAACAAUAUUUUUAUGAUGGAGAUCUUUGUGCAGGAGGUGUCUAUUAUAAUGAACAGCGUUAUAGUACUGUAAGACAUACACAGGCUCCUCCUUUGCCAGUAGCUCUGUGGCCACCAUUUUGGUUCGGGUUUAGAUGCCUAUGUGGACAAAUGGCUCUACUCGAUAUGCUGGAUUACCAUACCAUAGCCCCACAGCAUUUGGUUUAUAAUACAGUGUGACUGUUCUAGAGAAACAAUAUUUCUGAAUGUAGGACAGUUGCAUAAUUACAAAUAGAACGGUGCAAAUACAAAUACUGGUUAAAUGUCACAGCUGCAUAUACUAAACUGUCUCUCUGAAAAACACAAUAUGGAGGACAUUUUGUGGAAUUCUUCCCUAACUAAUUAUUCACAUUUCAGCUCAUCUGAAACGAUGGAAAACGGUUGACUCUCAAACAUUCUGCCAGUUAUAUGCAGCCAGGAGUCAACAUGUGCAAAUGAGCCCCUGACCUACAUUUACUCCCCAUCCCCCGCCUCUGUUAUUUUUGCAGCUAUGGAAAUCUGACGAUUUUGGAGAGACAUGGGUGUUGAUCCAAGAGCACGUGAAGGCCUAUUUCUGGUAAGAUCAAUGCCUCUGUAUACAAAAGUGAUGAUUGUGUGAGGAGAGGCAGAACGUACAGUCAUCAGUAUAACUAAUUGUCGCUGUUGAAUGCCAGACUGUCUGCAAAACAUUCAAGCAUCGGUCUGUGAGAGGGAUGGGUGGGAUGUGUUUGUGUGUGUGUGUGUGUGUGUGUCUUGUUUACUUCCUGUUUUUCUGUGUGUUCUGUGACUGCCUGCCUCCUCCAUCAUCUGGCCCUCACUAGACCUCAAAGUGAAGAGAUUUGCCAGAUAAACAUCUCAUUCAUGUCUUCCGAUCGCUGUAUGCUUACCAAGCAAACAGCUCGCGAGCUUAACUCCCUGCCUCUCCAAGUUAAAUACAUAGAUUAGAUUGGCCCUUGUAAUUGAAUGACAAUGCAAAGAAAAUGCCACUACGAUCCCUGAGGGAGAGAGACACUGAUUACCUGAUUGUUAUUUGGGGCUCACUAUGUGUGAAUGGCUUGAUGACUCUACCGCCUAAAUUAUUUUGAACCCUGCUAUCAACCAGAUCUCUGUUCAAAUAGUGUUUGAAAUCUUUCAAAUACUUUGAACGUAUGCUUGAGCUUGCCUGGCGUGCCAGAUGGGCAGAGUUUGCACAGAAAAAGUCAAUCAAGCACAUCACAAAUAACAAACUUGCCAAAAACAAUCUAAUAACAAUGAUGAUUGCGACACGUUCAGUGCCUUGUGAAAGAGAUCAGCCAUGUGUCUCUCACCACAUAAAGUAGGCCUAGGCAGGAGAGUGGCACACUCAAUUUUAAAAAAAAAACGUUCAAAUCCCAUCCAUAAAAGAUAAAGCCCUGCUUUGGAAGGAUUUGACCGAUCUGUCAAUGAUUUAAAGGCGUGGAUGUGGAGGGUUAGCUAGGGUUAGACAUCACUUUCAUUCCCUCGCAGAUCCUCUGCCUUUAGUAGACGACAACAAGAGGCUCUCGUUCUCCACUGCAUAUAUGUAAUGCUGCUUGUCAGCUACAGCAGGGGUCUGUUCAGGAGGGUGCAACAUUUCAGAACGUUCAGAUUGAAAUGUAUUGUGUAGAACGUAUACGCUUGCCUGUCAAGUAGAAUUAGGAAUUAUGUCUGUUCUUUUCAGUGUAUUUCUAUCUGCAUCGUUCUGAACAUUUUCACCUUACUGAAUUUUCCCUUAGACAGUUGACAAUUUGUGCACACAUCUUCUGGUGACAGAGAGAGACACAGAGCCCUGCUCUCUUCCCCAGUGAACCCACUCCCAACUAAACACUGAUAAACGGCAGACAGUGUUUUCUCGCCCUCCGUUGUGCUCCGACGGUGGCAGCGGUCGUACACGUGGGCGUCUCUGAGGGGAAUCGAGCAGACUGGCUUCUUUCUUUCUUAUUAAUACUGCUGCGGUCUUGCCCCCUGGGCUAUUUCCAGUGUUUGGGAGAUGACGCCCCUCCCUCCACCAAGUUUGAAUGUAGGAGAUCCUCUUAGAUCACACUUAUGAGUCUCAGAGUCUCGGGACGGUUGCAGAGGGAGGAUUUUGGCUUGGAAUACCCACCCAACCCAAAAACGAACAUGAACAAACAAUUUCAUCCCAAAGCAGUAACUAUACGCACAAAGCUUGAAGGUCUUUGCGGACUUCUGAGGAAGAAAGCAGCUCCAGAAGUGUGGACUGAUGCACUCCUUCCCACACAUUUCAAAGCAUUGAUUGGUGUAAGCAUGGGCUAGAAAUAGUUUUUUUCCACCAAUAUAUUUCCUUUUAAAUCUGGACACAGCUACUGACUCCACUGAUCUUUGUCUGGUGCUUCUUCCUCCUCGGCCUCUAUGGCCAGUUUUUCUUCUUAACCAUGUGUGUCCAGUCCUUUGCCGAUCAUGGGCUUUCCACGUCUAAUCCGUCUGCAGAGGCCACAGAGAAAAAGGCCUGCGCUGCAGAUCAGGCUAAGAAGGCUGUAAGCCCUGGGGUUUUGUCUGGUUCACACCCCGCUGUUGGACGUGUUUAACCAGCAGUUGUCAAAACAUCUCGAACCAGCAAAUCGUAUGUAUUUGUUCCCCUCCGUCCAAAUCCUUUUAUCCUGUUUGGUAGGAGGAUUGAGAGGCCGCCUUAAAAAAAAAACAGCCUCCCAACUGUUUAUAAAAAGAAUAAGGAGGCCCUUGGUUCGCAGUGUAGCUUUAGGCAAGCUUUAACCCACCUCCCUGCCAGCGCUACAUGGAAAGGAUAACCCAGAUAGGCAAAGCCCCAAACUCUGAUAUAGGCACGGCCCCAAAUUCUGCUAGAUAGACAGACAAGACCCCAAACUCUGCUACGUGGGCAAGCCCCCAAAUUCUGAUAUGGACAAGGCCUCAAACUCUACUAGAUGGACAAGGCCCCACACUUUGAUAUAGACAAGUCCCAAAAGCAAUGCAACAAACUAAUUUCGUCAAGGCCUGAAACUCUGGCCCAAACUCUAAUAUUGGCAGGUUCCCGACUCGGCUGUAGGCAAAGUCCCCAAACUAACGUUAGACAGGCAAGGUCCCAAGUCUGUCUGACGGGGGUCUUUCAUAUCCUCUCUAAAAUAUCACACUAGAGGACAGUCAAGACACUAGGCUCUCUCUGUGUAGCUCCAUUGUUAGUGAGAACGCUCCGUGUGAAUCUGGAAUGCAUUAUGGGAGAUGAUCAGAAAGUACUGUAAACCUCUUUAAGUUCUGCUGUAUGUUACCGUAAGUUCACGGCUUAAAAUGGCCACACACAGAACUGCUACUGGAAAUGUGGAGUUGGGAAACUAUAUAUACAUCAAUGUGUGUGUUAAAUGGAUUCUGAGUUUGGAAUGUGUUCACAGGAAAACACGUAGGCCGUUCCACUAUACUCGGAUUGUCAGUAAUCCGUAAAACAUUUAUCUGUUUUUCAGAGUCUGUCAGUGUGUGUGUGUGUGUGUAUGUGUGUAACCAUACUUUUAUCUCCCUCUGUAUGGUAUGACUGAGUUGGGCCCUGAGUUUUUCCAGACCAUAUUAUCUGAACGGGAAGAACCCAUGGCCCUUAAGUCCUUCCUGUUCAGUUCACAUGGUCAACAAAGAAAAACUCCAGGCCCUUGACCAUGAGUUUUUCCUGGUCGGGCCACGUGGUCAGAGAGAAAAUCUUGACUCUACCUAUGUCCCACUGACGGGGACGUUUUCUGCAUCUUUCCAGGGGUGUGGAGCCGUACGACUCCCCCACCACGGUGCUGGUCCAGAGGCAUGAGCCCCAAGGGGUGUCCAGCAUCCUCAGCAGCACCGACUUCUUCCAGAGCGAGCAGAACCGCAGAGUCAUCCUGGAGAGAGUGGACAACUUCCAGCUCCGGGACAAGUACAUGUUCGCCACCACUUCCACAGUAAGUGACGUUGACCUGCAAGGGAAUUAUACAUGA